AAAUUAAAACACUGGUCCACACAUUCUGUCAAAUUAUUAAACUGCAACUGUAAAUAAAUACGUGGUGGAGUUUGACGUUAAGCCGGUGCAUUUAUCAGGCCCCCUCCACUGUCAAUCACUUGACUAUUUUCCCAGCCAAUUAUCUGCAGAGCCCCAGCUGCUUUGCGGCUUUUAUCUGUGAACUGUUUACGAAUGUCCUAUCGCACACAUUCUGCGGCGCUCGCCGAGGAACAUGAAAAGUUCCUGUGGGACGACCACUGUCCACAGCUCCCUGCAAGUCUUUGAAAGCUGGCAGUACUUUUCCCGUCCGUCUGGGGAGUUCCUCUACAGCCUACGAACCAUCCUAUGUAGAAGAAUGAGAGGAGAGACACUGUUUCCAGCCCUGAUACUAAUGUCUGUGAUGCUGAGUCUUUUAACGAUACAGACGUCUCAUGGACAGCACUUGGCAGAGGAGGCCUGCACCGUUCAGAUCCUUGUCCCUGGACUCAAAGGAGAACCAGGACAAAAAGGACAAAAAGGAGCACCAGGGAGACCGGGGAGAAUUGGCCCUCCCGGAGAGAUGGGGCAACCUGGGCUUAAAGGAGAUAAAGGAAUCAUGGGACGUUUUGGAAAAGUGGGCCCAAGUGGAAUGAAAGGGGUCAAAGGCGAAAUGGGGGAUCCAGGUCCAAGGGGCCCUAAUGGAGAGCCAGGGGUUCCGUGCGAGUGCACGCCGAUGAGAAACAUGAUCGGACAAAUGGACAUUUUCGUGGCACAGCUCUCCUCUGAACUGAAAUUCAUCAAAAAUGCACUGCCCUCCCCUGCAGCUGUUGCUGGCAUAAAAGAGACAGACAGUAAAGUCUAUCUAUUGGUGAAGGAGGAGAAACGCUACCACGAUGCCGAGGCCUACUGUCAGACGAGGGGAGGGCACCUGGCCAUGCCCAAGGAUGAGGGAGCCAACGCGGCCAUAGCGGGGUACAUUAGCGACGCGGGCCUGAGCAGAGUCUACAUAGGCGUUCAUGACCGGGACCAGGAGGGUGUUUUCACCUACGUGGACCACUCUCCCAUGACCACCUUCACCAAGUGGAGGAAAGGAGAGCCCAACAACGCCUACGACGACGAGGACUGUGCUGAGAUGGUGGCGUCCGGAGAGUGGACUGAUGUGGCGUGCAACCCAACCAUGUAUUUUGUCUGUGAAUUUGACAAGGACAGCAUUUGAUUCCAUCAUUUUGUGGGAACUUUUAUGUGUAAAUAUGAUGACAGAAUGACGUGUAAGUUGUAUUUUUUAGCAUAAUAUUCGUAUUAGCUAUUUAUUUUCUUUUCACAUAACAGUUUUUGUUCUUUGUACCCCAAAAAUUUACUAUUUUUAAUGUCACAAAUAAACAAGGCAAAUAUGCAAAUGCUGCAGAGGAGCUAUAAAUGACUUAGGAAGUAUAGGAAAAUCAAAAUUGGAUGGAUUUUGGUUCCAGCUUGGCGCUUUUAAUCAGAUAACUGAACAAACGACGCUUUCUAUAUUUACAUGUGUAUAAGUUAUAUGGCAGUUGCUGAGCAA